AUGCGGCGGCUUCCACCCUCGGGCCCCACUACGGCCCCAGGGCGUGAAGGCGACUCUCGAGGACUGAGGAAGAGAAGCCGGCGGCCAGGGCCAGGCGAGUCAGGAGGCUGCGGCCCUGAGGCGGCGGGGCGCGAGGAGAGCAGGCAAAAGAGGAGGAUGGUGGCCCGGGUGUCUGGGAGAGAAGAGGUGGAAAGUGACAAGUCAGCCAAGGAAAAAAGAAAAGUUACUGAAGCCUCAAGUGAUGAUCCACAGCCAGGGAUUGACCUGGUAAGAAAGGAAUCAUUAACCAGUUCGGAAUCUUUCCCAACAGUGGAAUGCAGUGAAUUUCAAAGUAUGGCUUUCUUGCAGUCUUUGGGUAAGGAAAGGUUGAUAGAAGGUAUUAAAAGAAGAAUUCGAAUUAAAAAAGUUAAAAGCUUAGAAAGCCCACCUCUCAAAAUGACUGAAAAUAAGGCUACACAAAAUAGUAAGGUUGAAUUCCAAGAUGAACUGUACAAGAAUACUCAGAAAUAUUCUUGUAACAGCUUGUCACCUGGAGUAGAAAAUAAUUCCAUUUUAAAAUUACAUGAUUGCGGUUGUCUCUCCCAUUCCAAGGAUUGUAAUGAUGAAAAUAAUCUUGCAUAUAAACCUGAUGGAGGAUGUUUGCAUGUACGAGAAAAUUCCUCAAAGAAAGAAAACCCUAGGAGUCUUAUAGAUAAGACUAAUCCAAGCAAUAUUCCUCAGCUUUUACAAACUGAAGAAAACUUAAUGCAAGUAAGUCAGUUAUUGCUUGAAGAAGAUGAUUCAAACCUAAGUAAAAAUAAUGGCAUGUUUUCCUGCCUUCAAAGUGAAAACAAUAAACAUUCAGUAGAGGAGAGCAGUAUUGGGAGAAAAUACAGAAAAAAGAUGAAGGUGUCUGAAAAAGGAAAUGGAAUGGUUAUUGAGAUGAAGUUUUCUAAUAUGUGUAACAAAUCUGAGCUGAUGUUACAAGGAAACCAAACAGGUGCUGAAGGUAAAGAAACAGAGACUUUAGAAGCUGAAAAAAGUUCUUUGAAAGUUUUGAGAAAAGUAAAUAAUAAUAUGCUGUCACCGAUGGAUCCCUUAUUAAGUCUUCCAGAAACAGGGAAAAAAACAAGUCCUAAACAUUAUGUAAAUGCUGUGUUUCAGAAAGCCCUUGAGCAACUUUCAGAAGAAGAAACAAAGAAUGUUUCACAGCCUUUAGGAUGUACCAGCAUGGAUCCACCAGGAGAUUAUUUUAAGUCAAUGAAAAACUCAUUAGUGAAGUCACUUAGUGAUUGCUUUCCUGUUGAAAAGAGAUCUUCUAGGGAAGGCUUGAAGAAUGAAGCUGAAGAAUCUAAAUAUAGCUGUCGCAGAACAAUACCAAUGACUGGCAAGAGAACUUGGCCUUGUUAUUCAUGUGCUAGAAUAUCUGCCCAGUGUUGGAAAAAAGCUUCCUUGCCACAAAGUUCUAGGCAAGAUGAUUUUCUUAAACAUCAAACGAAUCAAACUUACUUAACGGACUCCAAAUUAAUGCUACAAAGUUCUGUAACAGAAACAAACAGUGCAUCUUCAAGUAUAGAAAAAUUGGAUUCUAAUUUAAAUUGUUUACCUUCAGUCUCUACAGUGGAACCUACUUCAGUGGUUAUAAAGGAACCUAUAGUCAAUGAUGACGAAAAAAUGAAGUCAGAGAAACUAAGUAGAAGUGCAUCAGAGGUAGUUUCUAAUACUACUGAAGAUACUCCAUUGACUAAUGUGACCCACAACUUAACAGGAAGUAAAAAAAAAGGUAGAGGGAAUUUAACAAAACUGAAUUUGAUGGUGGCUUCCCAGGAUGGCCAGGAAGCAAGUAACUCUACAGGCAAAACUAUUCAUCAAAAAGCAUGCAUUACUAAGCAAGCAUUGGUUGUUCCAGACCUAGUUAAGAUACUGAACACAGGACGGCUGACUAAUUUUAAAAUUCCUUUACUUAAGAACAAAACAGAAAAAAGAAAAGAAAUUAAUGCCAAGUCAUCAGAGAGAGAAGUAUAUAGUCCCCUAGAACUUCUUGACAAUUUAUCUGGAGCAGAGGUAAGGCAGAGUAGGACUAAAGAAAAUGCUGUCACAGUAACUUCAGGACCUCAAUCUCUGAGUAUACAACAUAGUGUAAUUCCACUGCAAGCUAGUUCUGACUCAUUCUGCAGUAAGAAUUCCUGUAUUAUUGCUCCGAGCUUUUUAAAGCAAGGUAAUAAUAAUAAACCAUCUAACCACAUCUCUGCAUCAGGCCAUAUCAUUUCUAAUAAGGCAGCUGGUUCUCUCACAGUUGAAAAUAAUACAUUUUCUUGUGAUCCUGGAUGUAUAGAGAAAAAUCCCACCUUAUAUUCCAAUGAGCAAGAACCAUUCAAAGCAGGUUCCUCUGAAGUUAGUGGUAGAAAAAUGACUAAGAACUUUUCAGAAGUCAAAGUGGGGUUUCCAGAUAUUCUGAAAGCAUAUGAAGAUGAUGUCCUCUUAAUUGAUGUAAUUCAAGAUGACCCAGACCUGUUUGGAGUCUCCAAUGAAGGGGAACUCUCAUUUCCUUCAGCGGUUCCCAUGAUAAGCCAGGAGCCCAAUGUUGCUGAAGAGCAUCAAUCGACAGACUCCAAGCACAUGGAACUUCCAGAAAAAAAAGAACCAAGCGAUGACUUGAGAGAACUGCCUGUACCGGAUCCUGGAUCAAUGAAAUCAGAGAUCUGUGCUUCCUUGUCAGCAGCAAGUGAGAUAAAACAUGAUUCCAAAGAUGCAAACAUUUCCUUAGGAGAAGUUACUCAUGAAACUUCUUCAAAUGAAAAACCGGGAGACCUAAGUGAACAGACAAAAAGUUCAGACUUGGACGAAAAGUGUAGAUUUUCAGACAAAGUAGCUACUCAAGAAGAACAAGAAACUAUUUCUGAAGUUUGCAGAAGCGAUUCUAAAAAUACAGAGAUUGUGGUUGGUGAAUGUCACUUAGCAGCACUGGUCUCCAAACCUCUGUGCUUACCAGUGCCAUUGCCGCCUUUGAAUCUAAGUGCUCAUCAGGAAGACACAUUACUGAAUCCCUGGAUAAAUGAUUUCAGAUUUCCAGGGAAGCAUUCUCUCCUAAAGCUACAGAAUCCUGAAAUUUGUGAAAUAUUUAAGAGGGAAAAAAAUGUAGGGAAGCCACUAGGGUUGAUGAUACCCCACAGAUACUGCAGAUUUCAUUUUAAUACGUUACAUGGCUGUGAGCGACCACAAUGCAAGUUUGCCCAUGUGCCUGAGCAAGGGGAUGAAAAGGUUUGUAUGGAUGUGUUUAAGAAAUAUAUAAGUAUCAAUGAGCUGUGUUUGCUACAACGUGCAGCAAACAUGUUUAUGGAGUACUACAGAAAGUUUCUUCCAGGUAUACACUUUGAUUUACAAGUAUUAAAUGACCUUCUAAAUUCUUUACUCAAACACUGUUUAUUGAAAGAAGUAUUACAGGUCAUGAACCUCUGCACAAUGAUUAAGAUGCUGCCUGCUCUGAGAAUAUUACUAAAAAUAUUUGAGUAUGUGGCAACUAUGAAAUUAAGGAAUGCUGUACCUGCUUUAAUUGGUAUCUUUUGCAAGCUCGUUGAAGCUGGGAUGGUACUUGACCCAGAACACUUUAACUAUAUCGUUAAGCUUUUAUACCAAAUACAGGCUUCCAAACCAGAAAUAACUGCAGUUCUGGAAAUGAAAUCCAGGUUACACAUGAGGCAAUUUAAAAAGAACUGGAAAUGUGACUUAGAGGCAGCCUUGAAUGAAAUAGAGCAUUGUAAAGAAAAAGGUGACUGGACCAAAUUGGGAAAUGUAUACAUUAACAUAAAAAUGAGCUGCGAAAAACUUGCAGAUUUCCAGAGAUUUUGUGCUUGUAUUGCUGAAACACUAACAAAAGACAAUAAAGAAGAGCGACCAAGUGUUCCAUUUUGUGAAUUUGCUGAAACAGUUAGCAAAGAUCCGCAGAAUAGUGAAGUAGAUAAAACUUUGCUGGGAAGAAUCGGAAUCAGUGCUAUGUACUUCUAUCACAAGCUGUUGCAGUGGUCCAAGGGAAGGAAGGUCUUAGAUAAACUAUAUGAAUUGAAAAUACAUUUUACAAGUUUAAAAGGACUUAUAGGGCCUGAGAAGUUAGCACCAAGAUGUCAAAUUGUGAAUAUUGCAGCAGAAAUUUUUCUAAAAAGUGGAAGCCUAGAUGGUGCCAUUUGGGUGUUAAGGGAGUCCGAGUGGAUCAUCAGUACACCAGUAUGGCCUUGUGAUCGACUGGAUGUGCUCAAUCGGCAUAAUCUGCUCUGUACGAUUGCACAUGAAAUCUUAGCGAAGAGUCUUUACAGACAGACAUUUGAAGUUUUGCAAAAUCUACCAGGUUUUCAAAAUUCUCAAGAAACUGUGGAGGUCUCACAGUAUAGCCUACUUUUUAAUAAACUUCUAGAUGCCUGUAUAGAAAGCAACAGCCUUGGUAUGUCAUCCUCUGUAGCAGAAUUCAUGAUUUCAAAGAGAAUCCCUGUUGAUUUUUCCUUUCUUAGAAGAUUAAUUACUUCUUUAGGAAGGAGUUGUUUAUGGCUCAAAGCCAGAACCCACUACAAAAGUGCUCUUUCACUGGGUUGCUACCCACCAUUGGAGGGAAAUUUGUACCGAAAACUUCUACUGAUUCCAUCCUAUUUGUCUGAAAUUGAAAUGCUUUUAGCUAUUGAAAUCUUCCUGGUAUCUAAUGCUAGUAGUAUUCAGAGUCCUGGAACUUCUACACAAAUACUGCAGAUAGUUUUAAAAAGAUGUGAAGAAAACAAAUCUCGGAGCAAAGAUGAUUAUCAAGCUGCAGUGGAAAGAUUAAUUAUGGCUGCUCGUAUAUCAGAUCCAAAGCUUUUCAUUAAGCACAUGACCGUCAAUGUUAAUAAGGAACAGGUUUAUAGUUUGGAACACUGUUCUGCCCUGAAAUGGUUGAAAGAGAAUAUGAAGUGGGCCGGAAAGGUUUGGCUUUUCAAUAACCGUUAGUUAUAAAGGCUUUUUUUUUUUAAGUUCAAGUAAUCAUUGUUGAAAAUA